AUGAUUGGACUUGCUCAAGCCAUUGGAGGAGCAGUUUUAAUAUCAUUUGGCUUUAUUAACAUAGGCGGAGCUUUAAUUAGUGAAGGUAUUUCUGAUAUGGUUUAUACAACUAUGGCAGGUAUAUCAGGUAGUUUUAGUUGGAAGGAAUGGACAAUACAGAAAUCGGUUAGCAUGAGUCUUUCUAUAAUGACUGCUGGAAUCGGACGAUUAGCUUCUGUAAGAAAUACAGCAACUAAAUUAGGAUCAGUAUCUAGAGCAGCAAUGAUGACGAAAAUAGUUGGAAAGUCGCUGCUUAGUUUGCAACUACCUAUUUAA